GCUUCAGAGUUGGCAAUGUGCCUGCAUGGCGCAUUAUCAAUGUUUACGUUCUUUACCUCUUACUUACUUACGGUUCAGCUUUAAUGACAGACCCAAAUCUGUAAAUUGGUUUGUGUUCAUUUGGUCCAAGAUUAUAUGGCGAAUCGAUUUGGAAAUAGCUCACACUAAUUCUGAUUGUUUGUUGUAAUGAAAUACAGGAAAUGGAAUUCCGAAAUUAUUGCGCGAAAAUCAACGACAUGACAGCACGAGUCAGAAUGGCUGAGAAUGGUGCACAGUUGGUAAGCAGACUUGAAGGGAGACAGUCAUUGAGGGACAUUGAACCCAGUAUCUUUCCUGUCGACGGUGGUCCAGGUCAAGGUGAAGAAGCUGACCCUGCAUCUAUUAGAGAUUGAAUUUCAAAAAUGUUGGUUCAUUUGAACGCUCCAGGAGGUGACGUCGUGGAGUUUCAUGGCUCGGAGGGCACAGGAAAGACCGAAACCUUGUACCACCUCAUCACCCGCUGCAUCAUGCCAGUCCAGAGUAGAGGUCUGGAGGUGGCGGUGGUCUUCGUUGACACGGACUACCACUUUGACAUGCUGCGCUUAGUGAGCGUUCUGGAGGGGCGUUUGGCUGAAGACUGUAAGGGGGCUGAUGGCUCUGAAAAUGAACCUGAGGAGAGGGUGCGUUCAUGUCUGGGCAGGCUGUCUGUAGUGCACUGCAACAGCUCAGUACAGCUCCUCCUAACCCUACACUACCUCGAAAACACCUUUUCCAGCCAGCCUUCCCUCGGCCUUCUGAUCAUCGACAGCAUUUCUUCCUUCUACUGGGUGGACCGAUUCAAUGGCGGCGAGAGCACUGUUUGUCAGGAGGCUAACCUGAGGAAGUGUGCCGAGCUGCUGGACAGACUCCGCAGAAACUACGGCAUUGUGAUUUUCGCAACCACUCACGCCAUAAUGAGGAACUAUGGAUCUGAUCCAGGGGUGUCAGAAGUGCCCGGCCCAUCAUCAUCUCGCAGGUGGAGGUCAGCUGAUAGUGUUACAGACUUUGACAAGCCCUACCUGUGUAAAGCAUGGCAGAGAAUAGUGACUCACAGAAUGCUGUUCACUAAAAGUCAUGUGUCGAAGGACAACAAGCAGGUUUUCUCCACAGCAUGUACCAGCAUAAUGACCAAAGGUGUCAAAAGAUGCUCGUUUCAUGUCAUGGAGGACGGUAUUAAAUUUGUAUGUGACAAGUGAA